AUAGUCAAUACUAGACUGGAGCUUUGUUCAAUCUUAUGCUCAUGAAAAUUUAAUCCAGGCUUGAACAUGCUGUGUAGACUGAUUAGGCUUGUGGACACCCUAGAGUUAUUAUCACAUGAAUUUUGCUUGUGAGUUUCAAAUGGCAAAGCUCUUUUUUUUUUUGGUGUUUAACCACUUAGGGAACAAAUUCUCUCUUGCUUUACCUGUUUGGCUAGCAGAUUAUUGUUCAGCGCUAGCUUUAAUGAGAUAGUUUAUGUUAUCUGUUUUGUUUAACCUCUUAGGGAACAAAUUCUUUCUUGCUUUUCCUGUUUGGCUAGCAGAUUAUUGUUGAGUGCUAGCUUUUAUUGAGAUAAUUUAUGUUAGUGACCUACCAAGAUAUGGCCGCACUUAGUUACUGAUUAAUCUGGAUACUGUACAGCUUUGCUCAACCAGGAAGAAAUGAUUAUUGUUGAGUGCUAGCUUUAAUGAGACAAUUUAUGUUAGUGACCUGCCAAGUUAUAGCCCCAUUUAGUUACUCUGAUUAAUCUGGAUACUGGACAGCUUGCUCAAGCAGGAAGAAAUGAGUGCUUACCAGGCUUUUAAAGCAUGUGUGCCAAUUGAAUGGAGUGAUAAGCUGUAUAUAACCCUUGUUAGGGGUAUGCCUGGAACCAGGGAGCUCCAUAGGCGGACAUUAGAGGCGCUGCACCUCCGCAAAUGCAACCGCACGGUUGUGCGGAAAAAUACUCCUACAGUUCGUGGAAUGCUUCAGCAGGUGAAAAGAUUGGUUGCGAUUGAGACGAAGGAAAUGUACGAGGCUCGGAAACAAAGAGAGGCUAAUCAGAGAGCUCUGCGUCCACCAUUGGUUAUCAGUCAUCAUCCUGCUCCAAAGACUGAUUCCUCUCAGUAAUCUUAAGAGAUUCUUCAAGACACAGAAGCACGCAUUUGAAGGUUAUGAUCUCUGUUCUGUAGGUACCUAGCACAGUUAUUGUCUGAAAUUUCCCAAGGCACUGAUUGUGAUUCAGAUCUUUUGAUAAACAGAAGUUUCAUUUGUAGCUGAGCUUGUGUUAAAGCUGUAAUGUCCUGGAAGAUGAAUAGAAUUUGAGUUGUUGCAGAUUUGGAUUCAGGGAGCGUAGAUUGCGGAGACUUAGGCGGUUAAUGCUUUUUCAUCAGGGGGUUUUCCUUUUGGAAUGAGAUCAUUAGUUAGUGGAUUAAUGGAUUUUUGCACUCCUGUUUGUAGAAAUACUUUCAUGUUAUAUUUUAGUUCAUUGCUUGAUGUAUCUUGCUUUGAUGCAUCAACAUAUAAACAAAUCCCUGCCAUGAACUUUAAAAGUUGUCUAGUUGCUAAUGGUCCAGUAAUCUUUGAUAGCUUUCUGGUUACUUGGCCUUUCCAUAAGCUGGUGAAAGGGCUUCUUAAGUUAAUGCUUGAUCAAAUUUCUGAGAUCGCUCCAAUGCCUAGGGAUUGUUGACCAGUGGUAAAAGAUUACAGAAUACCUACCAUGAACUGAAGGACACCUUUUGUAUUUGAGUAGAUCUCGCUCAAUACAAGGAUAUUGAAGGAACCCUUUGUAUAGAAAAAUUUUAUUCAUCUUCAAAUGAAAUUGGAGGAAAAUACAAGGACAUUGAACACCAAAUUUGGGCACAAGGAUUUAUCA